GCUUGCAGUCCCCUCUACUUUUCUCUUCAAUCAUUCAGCAUGGCUUCUUUCAAGACUUUGCAGCCAUUGGGCGCCGCGUCGCGGACUGUGACCUUGUCAACCCACGCGAAUGCGCCAGCAGCUUCAAGACGAAGCGUAGCCACCAUCGCCAACUUCAAAGUCCCCACUAUCAACAACGAGCCUAAUCAACACUAUACCAAAGGCUCUGUCGAUCGUCAAAAGCUCCAAGAUGCAGUGGCAGCGCUCAAGAAGCGAACGCCUCUUCAGGUACCACUUGCAUUGGGAGGCCAGGAGAUCAACAACUCUUCUAUCCUGACGCAACACGACCCUUCCUCCCACGCUGAUGUAGUAGCAAAGUACUCCAACGCCAGCACUGCCGACGUCGAGAAAGCUAUAGACGCAGCAUUGGAGUCUAAACCCGCUUGGGAGAACCUUCCAUUUGCCGAUCGUGCUGCAGUUUUUCUCAAGGCUGCUGACCUUAUUUCUACCAAAUACAGAUAUGAGAUAAUGGCGGCGACCAUGGUGGGACAAGGCAAGAAUGCAUGGCAAGCCGAGAUUGACUCUGCGGCGGAAAUCUGUGAUUUCUUCAGAUUCAACGUCAAGUAUGCCGAAGAGACAUAUGGUAACCAGCCAGUACACAACUCGCCCGGUAUUUGGAAUCGCGUUGAAUACCGUCCUCUCGAGGGCUUCGUCUAUGCUAUCUCGCCUUUCAACUUCACAGCUAUCGGCGGUAACCUCCCCGCGGCUCCAGCUCUCAUGGGCAACGUCGUACUCUGGAAACCAUCACCCGCGGCAAUCGCAUCCAACUGGCUCGUCUACCAAAUCUUAAUCGAAGCUGGCCUACCACCAAACGUGAUCCAGUUCAUACCCGGUGACGCCGUCGAGGUCACUCAAGCCGUGCUGUCCCACCGUCAAUUCGCAGCUCUCCACUACACGGGUAGCACCGCCGUAUUCCGCUCUCUAUACGGCAAAAUCGCCAACGGAGUCGCCGAUGGGAAAUACCAAAGCUACCCACGCAUCGUUGGCGAAACAGGCGGCAAGAACUUCCACGUUGUACACCCAAGCGCCGACAUCUCCAACGCCGCUAUCCAAACCGUCCGUGGCGCCUUCGAAUACCAAGGCCAAAAAUGCAGCGCCUGCUCCCGCCUCUACGUCCCACAAUCAGUCUGGCCCGAAUUCCAAAAGACCCUCGUCGCUGAAACCGCUGCCCUCAAGAUCGGCGAACCCUCCGACUUCUCCAACUUCAUAGGCCCCGUCAUCCACGAAGCAAGCUUCAACAAACUCUCCUCCGUCAUCGACGAAGCCAAAAACGACCCGGAACUCGAGCUCCUCGUCGGAGGCAAAUACGACGGCUCCAAAGGCUACUACAUCCACCCCACCAUCUACAAAACCACCAACCCAAACCACCCCCUCCUCUCCCGCGAACUCUUCGGCCCCAUCCUAGUCACAUACGUCUACGACGACGCCGCGCCCUCGGCUUUUGCGGACAUGUGCGCCCAGAUCGACAAGACAUCCGAAUACGCCCUCACGGGCGCCGUCUUCGCCAAGGACCGCGAAACCAUCCGCUUUGCGGAGAACGCGCUGCGGGACGCCGCGGGCAACUUUUACGUCAACUGCAAAUGCACCGGUGCCGUUGUUGGACAGCAGCCGUUUGGCGGCUCGCGGGCCAGCGGGACCAACGAUAAAGCCGGAAGCGCAAACCUUUUGGCGCGGUUUGUGAACAUGAGGGCCAUCAAGGAGGAGUUUUUGCCCACUACCAAGGUCGAGUAUCCCAGCAACGAGGUCUAG